GGACGAGUCAGUCACCCUAUCCCUCCCCCCAUAACUACCGCGAUGCCUAUCCACGGACUCCCCCCAUCCACUACACCCAUGAAGCCCGCGCACUUCAACAUCGAAAACGCCGUGCGGCCGAACAUCCUCGCGCUGCACCCUUACCGCUGCGCGCGGGACGACUACCAGGAGGGCAUACUGCUCGACGCGAACGAGAACUCCUUGGGGCACUCCAUUCCCUCGGGGCAGUCAUUACCGCAGGAGAUCCAGGACACCCUUGCCUUGAACCUGCACCGCUACCCCGACCCCUCUCACCGCGCGAUCAAGGAGCGCAUCGCGGCGCUUCGUGGGCUACCUGGGCCCGAAUAUGUCUUCCUGGGUGUGGGGUCGGACGAAGUCAUUGACUUGUUGAUGCGGAUAUGUGUGGCGCCGGGGAAGGAGAAGAUAUUGACGACGCCGCCGACGUAUGGGAUGUACGCGGUUUGUGCGCAGGUGAAUGAUGUGGGGGUCGUGAAGGUCCCUCUCGAGUUGAGCGGCGCGAAUGGCGAGGGGGGCGAGCGUGGACGCUUCAGUCUCAAUGUGGAUGCGAUCAAACAAGCCGUCGCCGCCGACCCAUCCAUCAAGCUCAUCUUCCUCUGCUCCCCUGGAAACCCCACCGGCACCUCCCUCUCCCUCUCCUCCAUCCGUGAGCUCCUCGAGUACGAACCCUACAAGGGCGUUGUCGUCGUCGAUGAGGCAUACGUCGACUUUGCCGGCGACGAGACGAGUGCGGUCAGCCUUGUACGCGAGUACGCGAACGUCUGUGUGAUGCAGACGCUCAGCAAGAGCUUCGGGCUUGCGGCCAUCCGCCUCGGUCUUGCCCUCGCCCAACCACCGCUCAUGCAAGUCCUCUUCAACACCAAAGCGCCCUAUAACAUCUCCACCCCUGCCGCGCACCUCGCCCUUUCCGCCCUCUCCGACGACGCCCUCGCCGCUAUGCGCGCCAAAGUGGCCACGCUCACCGCGUCCCGCGCGAAGUUGCUAGAGAGCCUGAAGGCGCUGAAGGACGUUGGCCUGGCACCCGCGAUCGGCGGGAACAACGCGAACUUCGUCAUGGUGCCCGUGCUCGCGAAGGAUGGCUCCGGGAAGCCAGACAAUGCAAGGUCGGAGAAGAUCUACAAAACCAUGGCCGAAGAACACGGCGUCGUCGUGCGCUUCCGCGGUAGGGAACCCGGGUGCGAGGGCUGCUUGCGGGUAACGGUGGGCACGGAGGAGGAGAAUGGGGUGCUAGUAAGGAAGUUGCGGGAGGUGAUGGAGGCGAUAUAGAAGCGCGCUUGCAUUCGUGUCUCCGAGACCAGACAUCGGAAGUUCUGUAAAUGUUGAUAGUGCGCUGUACCCAUUAGACCGCAUCUUCCCUUACAUAUAGACCGCUUUUUGGGGCUCA